AUGGAUUUAACUCAAUAUCAAAAUAUAUAUUCUUAUUUAAACACUCAACAAUAUCUCCCAAAUAUCUCACCACGUGAUUGUAAACAAUUACUUUCUCAAUCUCAACAUUUUACAAUUUCAAACAAUCAGUUACCAAAACAACACGAAAUUGCCC